AUAGCACAUUGUUUCAUAAAGCAGAGUUCCUCCAAAUUCUCUCUGUUCUCAAACACAUGAGAAGUGACACACAUUUCUCUCAAUCACCAGUGAACAAUGGCGUAUUGAUAGAUCAUGUACGAUACAUUUGUUCAGACAUGAAAAAAAGCGAGAGAAGAAUGCAAGAGUCUUUCCGGAGCCAAUGUGCUCGACCAUUUUUCGGCUUGUGGUGUGCACCAAUAUUUCCAACAGCACCUAGCAAGGAUGGUGCAAAAGCAGAACAGGGUCUCAGUAAGGGAGGACACCUUGCAAAGUCUCCCAAAUCACUUGUGCACCCUCUUCAUAAAGCUCUUCUCUCAGCUCAUGAUACGAUUGAGAGACUGACCCGUGAAAAUGUCACCCUGAGAGAGGAGAAUGCCAGGCUGACACUGAAGGAACAGAACAUCUCUAAAGCUCUAGAGGACCUGACGAACCUUAACAUCCAGGCCAAGAAGGAGAGGGAAGAGGUGGAGGCCAGGAUAAAGAACAUGGAGGAGAACUUUCAAAAGGAAAAGAAAAUCUGGCAAGACCUCAGCAAACACCAGCUGGGAGAAAUAAGACGUUUUAAGAUCAGCUGCUUAGUUGCUGAGUCACACAGCCAACGGAUGGAAGAGGAGGUGAGAGAAUCCAAGUUAGAGCUGUUUGAAGGCAGAAGACAGGUGGAGAGAAAAAUCACCUCUCUUGAACAAAGUCUCCAUAUUCAGAAAGAGGACACUCUUGCAAGGCUUUCUGCCAUGGAGGGUCACUGGAGAGAGAUGAUCAGGAUCAGAAAGGAGAAUGCAGCCUCAAAACCUUGGGAAUCUGAGGAGAGAUGGCAGAGGAGAGUGAGCCAGCUGGAGGAGGAGUUAAAAGAAAAGAGAAGCUUGGACUCCAACUUGAUUGACAAGAUAGAUGAGUGCAGAAACAUCAUGACCCUGUGGAAGCAGAACCAGCCAGAGCUCUAUCAGAGUGAGAAAAAGUGGGAAAGUAAGUGUAAGGCUCUGGAAGAGAGCUACAGGAGGGAGCUGAGUGAAAAGGAGGAGAGCUGGCAGAGAACAGUACAAGACAUGGAGAGAAGGUACGAGCUGGAGAAGAUGUGGCUGCAAAAAGACGAAGAGUGGAGAAAGAAGACCAACUCAUUGGAAGAGGAGGUCAAGCGUCUGACAGAAGAGAACACCCAGCUUCAGGAGUCUAUGGCUGGAAAGCAGAACCAAAAGCCAUGGUGGAAGAGACGCAUCAAAAUUUGGAGGAGGACACAGAGUGACACAAGUUGCACAUCAGAGGAGACUGUCGCUUCAAUCUGAGACCAGUACUUCAAAUGCAAAUGACAAUUUAGUCAAAUAAAAUUAGGAUAAAGCAAAAUAAUUGAAAAGAAAAAUGCACUGAAUGAUU